GAGAUGCGUGGAGAGUCCGACAGUGGCGGCAGCCGCCGCGGAGGGAGGAAAACCAAAAUUUUGAGGGGAAGGGGGGAUUGAACGACGCAAUUCAACUGUUGUCGUCGGACAGGUGUUUGCCUGUCAGGACCUGCGCCAGUCUCUGAACAUUCUUUCCCUGGCUGUUGUUGAUGAACGGGAUGUUUGUGUCCUCUCGCAAUUGCUCUAAUAGCCCGACGCUAAAACACUUUAGGAGCGCUGCGAGUGCCGUUAGUUUUGCUGACCUUACUCCUAUCGGCUAUAAAAGGUCCUCGAGGCUGCUGCUGGGGGGUCCUUGGCGGGCGAAGUCCUCGAGAAGAUGUGUCGACACUGCCGAGACUGCGCGACAGAGUGCCAGUGGCACAAAGAGAAGCAUCACUGACAUUAUGAGGCUGGUCAAUCAGGGAAGCACCGUAGAGGACGGCAAUGACGAUGCAAAGAAGCUCCGAAUUGAAUCUCCCAUCAAAACUUUGUCACCAAAUGCAACAAGACACAAUAUUUCAACAUCUUCUGUUCCGAGCAGUGGGUCACAGAAUGUAAAAAACAAUGAUGAUGUGGCACUGAACUCGUCAACCACUGCCCAAAAGUUGCAAACCAAUGGCGCCCGCUACUUCAGCGUUCUAUGGUGCAAGUUGUCGUCGAAAAAGCACAAGAAAUGGGAGGGUGAUGCGGUGCUGAUUGUCAAGGGAAGGUCAGCCCAACUGAAAAGCCUUGAGGGCAAAGAGUUGGGAUCUACUUUUGGUUACAAAGUGACUGAUGUUGAAUCAAUUGAAGAGGGUAGUCACUUCAAAGUCGGAGGCAAGGAAUGUGAGAUCCAGGGACCUAUAACAGCAGAGGACUACCUUUCCGGGAGAUGCUUCAGUGAAGGAUUUGUGCCAGAUGAUAAAAGCACAGGAGCUGCUGCCCCAAGUUAUACAUCUCCAGCACUACUUGCAGACAGGCCUAAAGACAUGGUGAAACCAAUACCCGUAUUCAGAAACCCACAUGUGGGUGGGGAAGCCAGUGGUGCAAGUCGCAAGAGUUUUCACAGACCGACAACGCCUCUCAUAACGCCAAACUCCCUGGUGAUGCCUCGACCAAGUCACACGCAUCAGUGGGCCCACAACAAGAAGCAGCUGCCUGUGGUGGACGUGGUCGUGGAUGCCUCUCUGGCCAGGUGUCUGCGCCCUCAUCAGCAGCAGGGCCUGGUGUUCCUCUACGAGUGCAUCAUGGAGAUGCGGCCCUUCGAUGGCGGCGGGGCCAUCCUGGCAGAUGAAAUGGGCCUUGGCAAGACGUUGCAGUGCAUUACGCUUGUUUGGACUCUGCUAAGGCAAGGACCAUACGGGGGCUACCCCGUUCUUCGAAGGAUCAUCAUCAUUACUCCAAGCAGCCUAGUCAAGAACUGGGUGAAGGAGUUCAAGAAGUGGCUACCCAACAGUAACCUCAGGAUCUACUAUGUCGACCAGAAGAACAAGGUUGAGGGUUUCCUCCGUCAGCCGAGCUUGUACCCCGUGCUCAUUUUGUCAUACGAGAUGUACCUGCGUGUCAGUGACAGUCUGGCCAACAUAAACUUUGACCUACUCAUCUGUGACGAAGCUCAUCGACUAAAGAAUGCCAACAUCAAAAUAGCGGGGUCCCUCCAGAACCUUGGAAUAACACGCAAGAUCUUGGUGACGGGAACUCCUGUCCAGAAUGACCUGCAGGAGUUUUUCACCCUCAUCGACUUCUGCAAUCCAGGCAUUCUGGGUCAGCCGUCUUCUUUCCGGCGAGUGUACGAGGAACCCAUCCUGCAGUCCCGCCUUCCCCAGGCAACCCAAGAACAGAAAGAGCUGGGCCAAGCUCGGGCCGACGAACUCUCCCGGAUCACUGCAUUGUUUGUGUUACGCCGUACUCAGGAUGUCAUUCAGAGCUAUCUCCCUGGUAAAGCGGAGUGCGUGGUUUUCUGCCGUCCCACAUCGCUGCAACUGACGGUCUACCGGGAGCUGCUGGCCUCGAAUGCAGUGCAGGCCUGCCUGAGCAGCUACCUUUCUUGCGAUGCCAACCAUCACCUGGCUUGCAUUCUGGCAUUGCGCAAGCUUUGCAAUCAUCCUUCACUCCUCGCCCCAAGACACAGUCCCUCUUCUGACAAGGAGCAAGUCGAUCUAUUACCUACCAAGUCCCAAAAGCAGUUUUCUUUGGACAUGAGCAAGUUGGCGGCAGAGAGCCUUGAGGCGUCCUCGGGGAAGCUGAAGGUCCUGGCAGCCAUGCUGGCUUCGCUCUGGGACUCGUCACCUCGGGAGAAGAUUGUUGUCGUCUCCAACUUCACGAGGAUGCUGAAUGUUGUGCAGGAGCUUUGUGCCUGCAAGGGCUACACCUUCGUGCGGCUGGACGGGUCGACAUCUUCCACACAACGCCUGGAAAUAGUGGAACGCUUCAACUCUGCACAUUCAGACUGCUUUGUGUUCCUGCUGAGCUGCAAGGCUGGAGGCGUGGGCCUGAACCUGAUUGGGGCCAGUCGCAUCGUGCUCUACGACGUGGACUGGAACCCAGCCAAUGACCUGCAGGCCAUGGCACGAGUGUGGAGGGACGGCCAAGGACGCCAUGUCUACGUCUACCGUCUCGUUACCACCGGCACCGUGGAAGAGAAGAUUUACCAGCGCCAGGUGAUGAAGCUGGAUCUGAGCAGAACGGUCCUGGAGAAGAAGCAGGAUGGAAAAAAGGCCAAGUUUUCACUUGAAGAUCUCAAGGACCUGUUCACGCUCGAGGAGGGCACUGUGAGUUCCACCCACAGACUUCUGGGAUGCCCGUGCGACCAUGAAAACAACCCGGAGAUGGACGUCUCCGUCGACCCCUUUCCGUCCGAAAACGCAGACACGGAUGUUGCCGCAGAGGCCGUGUCAGCAAAAAGCCAACGGAACUGCCAGCUUGGAACGCCACCUGCCAGCAGCAGCAUACUCGGAAAGAAGCUUGGUGUGGGCAACUUGCUCAAGUGGGAACACAUUCCAGCACCCAUUGGAUGCCGUUUUAUUCAGGAUCCACACUUGGCCGCAGCAGAAGAGGACAUCACCUUUGUCUUCCGAAAUACAACCUCAAAGUCCUAAUAGUGAAGGAACAAGCUGCACAAGGCAGCUCAUUCUGUCGCUCAUCCAGCAUACCGACGCACACAGCAAACGUGCAAUAUGUUGAGUUACUAGUUAGUGUAUAGAAUUUUCAUCAGUGGCAGCGAACCAUUUUAGAACCAUUAAAAAGGAAUAAACACGAGAGAAACUUU